UACAACAUGAUGGUUGAUUCUAUUGAUUCGCAAAGAGCAACACAUUGGCUAACAGUUAUGAACUAUCUAGGCCUAAUCGCAUUAGUUUUGUUGCAUGCAGCAGCGACAUUGACCAACUCCGAAACAACUCCGAUUACGAUAGUGCCUACUGCAAAGAUAGCAAGAUGUAAGAAUGGUUGGUUGAGACAUCCUACCGUCCCGAGCUGCAAUAAGGCUAGAGGUCCCCGAUGUCCAAACACAUUUCUUUGUAAGAGUAAACAGUGCUGCCAGAUAAAGAGGUUAAGGGACUGCGAAACUAUACUGGAAUAUGGUUUCCCCAGGGCCUGUAGGGGUCUAUCUCGGGGUCUACAUACAGAGCCAUGUCCAGAGGGCUACGAUUGUUAUAGUCCUGAUGUUAACACGUACAGCAUGUGUUGCAAGAAGGCCGAAUGUCUUGACCAGGAAGGUAUAUCUCGCACCCCUGGUAAGAAAUGGAUUCAUCCUGAUGGCUGUAAUAAAUGCAAAUGUAGUGAGAAGGGAGAAGUUACCUGCACAGAUCUCAAAAAGUGCAAGGGUGGAUGCUUGGUUAACCUGCACAGCAAUGCAGAGAAAUCCAGAAUAGCAAUUGGCGAAACAUUCUGGAGUGGUGAUGAGAAAUGUCCUCGUAAAAAGAAUUGUACAUGCGUGUCAACGAAUGUUGUAUCUUGUAAAGGACCAUGCGACUAUGGUAUAAAAGGAAGCUACACGAAUUUCUCAAGUUGCCCAGAGCUCGCUAAUAACGGUGAGCAAAAAUCAAGAAUCCAACUUUGUAUCGCACAAGGUGAAAAUGGAACUGUGCCGUGUUUGGACUACUCUGUUGACACUGCGCCGUGUGAUGAUGAGGAAGUGGUACAAACGGGGAAACGAAUCACUGAAAGCAGGGGUAUAAUAAUAGGUGGUAAAAGCGUAUCUCCAAAGUUCAACUAUCGAUGGAUGGUUCAGCUCUCAAAUGAAAAGGAUCAUUUUUGUGGAGGAUCUAUCAUAAGUCCAAGACAUAUUCUUACUGCAGCGCAUUGUUUUAUUGGACAAACUAAUAUUACCGUAAAAACAGGGAAACACAACAUAUCGGAAACUGAACCAUUGGAACAAGUAUGGGAAAUAAACGUUAAUGAAUCUGGGAUUCCACACCCCAACUUCCCUUCUGGCCGAAGAAGCGAUUUGGUCAACGAUAUUGCAAUUAUAAGGCUUGACCCUCCGAUUCAAUUUAAUAAAUAUACCCAGCCGAUUGCUUUACCAAAAACAAUUAAACGUAAAUAUGACUUUCAACUUUGUGCAGUAACGGGAUGGGGUCGCACUGAUGGGAGCCUUUUCGCGUCUUCGUCGUCAAUGCCAGAUGUCCUCAAGACUACAAAUCUGGUCAUAAGAAAGAAAUGUCUGAAGGAGAUCAGAAUGGCAACUAAGAUAACGGUCGGAAUGCUUUGUGCUUACGGGGAUGGGAAAGAUACUUGCGGGGGUGAUUCGGGUGGUCCUUUAGUUUGCCGCAAUGAUAAGACACAAACUUGGACCCAAUUCGGAGUCGUCAGUAAGGGUGUUAGUCUAAACACAAGAUUUCUUUGUGGCGUAAAUGAUGGCAUCUACACCGACGUUGCUAACUACAUAGACUGGAUAGAGGAAACUGUGACAUCAGAUAACUAUUGGAGUGAGUUCAGUCCAUACACAGACUGUAGCAGGUCGUGUGGCGGUGGGGAGAAAAGACGAGUGAGUGUUUGUAACAGAAUGUUAGCUGACAGACCGAAUGGUUGUUCGUUAGGAUCUGGAAAAGGAACGAGCGAAACGAAAGCGGAAACUGUACCUUGUAACACACAUUCCUGUGAAUGA